ACCUGUACCUAAUUUGUUAGGAUGCCCUCCCCGAGACUUUGGUCGGCUUCAAUUAAGUCAAACCGCUAACAAGGCCCCCUUACCUUUCAAGUCCAUGCUUUCGUUUGUUUUUUGCUUUUCCCAGCCCCUUUUCCUCUGUGACUCCCAUUCAACCCCUGCUCAUAUUUUAACAACGGACGCCCUUGAAUUGAUUAAAACACUCUUUUUGCGUCACGUGCUCUGGCGUCAAUAUCGCGCGGCCACUUUUCCACUCUACACGUACACCCUUAGCACACGCGUCUGGGCCACUACCUAUCACCACCGACGGGGCUGACUCGCCUCAUGCAAAGGAGAAAUGGAUGGAAUGGAUGGCUCAUUAGCGGGGGUAGCACUGCAUCAGGCAGCCCAUCUCGUACUGUUCCGCACGGGGCAUCCAUCUCAAGUUAUAAAGAUGAAGAGUGAUCAUUUCCAAUCACUAUUUGAACCUGAGGUAGGUUUCAAUUUUCCAAAAUACCCAACGAUAUUCUUCCGGCGUCUUCUUUCAUCUGCCUCAUUCUUUUGUUGCCUCGUUCUGUCUCUGCCUGCUUCGCCGUCCACCUCGUUAUCGGCCCAACGAGUAUAAAACAACCCAGCGAUCCCAUCGUUUAAUAAUUUAAAACUAUCUUUACCGAAGCAUCCCUCAGGAAUCAUCAACAUGUUCUCCUCUUCCAGACGCCAUGAGAGCUCAAGCAAGAGUUUCUCAAAAAGCCACAAGGCCAGCAAAUCGAGUUCUUCUUUCAGCAAAGACAGUGGCAUCACCAAGCGAAGACAUGAGUCCCGCCAUCGCCGACCAACAAUGACUUCCAUGACCAGUGCCAGUGGUGAUACCAUGAUGGACAACAACAUGGCCUCACCCAUCGUCACUCUCGUAGUUGGCAGCGAACAACGUCUCUUUGCCGCUCACGAAGACGUUCUUGCCACUAGCCCUUUCUUCAACAAUGCUCUACGAAAUGGAUACAUGGACGUCGCCAGCAAACGCAUCUCUCUUCCCGACGAAGAGCCCGAGAUCUUCAGCUCUGUUCUUGAGUUUCUCUACAAGGGAGACUACACUCCUCGUCUCGUUCACAACAAACGUCGUAACUCGUACGAACUUGAAGCUGCUAGCGAAGAACAGCGUGCUGCUGUCGAGAGCACAGUUUAUCAUCGUGGCAUCGACGGUGAUCUUCUCAAGGAUACUGUCAUCUACUGUGCGGCGGAGAAGUAUGGACUUGAUGAGUUGAAGAAGCUGUCGCUGCGAAAGCAAGGACUUCGUAGGUUUCAGUCUCUCCCCUUUCAUCCUUUUACUGAUGAUCUUUUUUCUUUUUAGAAUCUGGAAUCCAGUGCAGCACCAUACUUGCUUCAGCAAGAUACGCCUAUGCCAACACUCCUGAUACUGACUCCAAGCUACGAGCUCACUAUCUUGCACUCAUCAUUCGUUCACGAAGCACUUUCAAGCGAAGUGGUACUAUGCAACUCGAGAUGUACAACGGCGGCACUCAACUUUUCUUUGAUCUUUUUGUCGCUCUUUGCAACCAUGUCGACGACAUCUCAACCGCACAAAACACUCCUCGCUCAAACCGCCACUUCUCUUAAUGCACAUUCCUCACUGUGUGGCUUCUGCUCCGUUUUAAUGAAACAUGAAUUUCCUUUCUCUUCGAUACAAGGCGUCGACUUCACAGUACUGACAAAUGCCAUAAAACUAAAGAAAUAUCUGGGGUGGAGUUCAGGUGCUUUUAUUGAUGCUUUAUUCAAGGAGUUCUAACGGUUGAAAUUUGGCGUUGACAUUUCUUUUCUGUACAACUAUUCUUCUUACGGGCCCCUAGAGGGUUCAACAUUUUGGAGCACAGGGGUUUUUGGAUCUUGGCUUCGCUGAACGCGAGCCGGUUGGGUGAUAUUGGAUUUUUCACGAUGAUUUUGUACCGAGGAUACCAAGACUGUCAUCUGAGAUGGAUGGGCCAAAAUAUGUAUCAUUAUUCACGACGCUCAUUUUCACGAACUUGAAAAGAGCGAGUUUUCAAAUACAGUUCAUGUCUUGCA